UGGAGGUUGAAACCGUCAGGGUCAGUAGGUCUCGGUGGUGCGAGAAUGGCGCGCGCGAGCGAGCAGAACCUUGUGUUCACAAUGAGGCCGUAGCAGCAGAACCUUGUGUUGUUGUUGUUGUUGCGUUUCUUACUUUCGCUCUCACUUCACUUCACCAUAAGCACUCUCUCGCCACCAAUUGGAACCCUAGAACAACGAUGUGGGAGUGGUUCUCCAAGAAACCAGAGCCGCCGCCGCCGGUGGUGCUGGCCCCGCCGCUCUUCGACUUCCCCCCGCUCGCCGCGCGCAACCGCAUGCUCCACUCCUCCUACGACGUCGUUUUCGCCAAGCUCGCACUCACCUCCCUCUUCCAAGACUACUUCUACCAGGCCAGGCACUUCACCACCAGAAUCAUGCUCAAGCCGAUCGACGAUCCUCACGUCGAUCUCAUCGCAACUGUUUCAGGUCCUCUCGAUCGGAAGCCAGAAGACAGUGUUGUGGGAAAUGCUUUGUUUCGCUGGCAAAGUGAUGUUAACGAUCCUCAUACGUUUAUGGACCUUUAUGUAUCCACUUCCGAUCCGAUUUUGCAGAUGAGAUCAUGCGCUUACUAUCCCAAGUAUGGAUUUGGGGCUUUUGGAGUGUUCCCUUUGCUGUUGAAGAAAAGAGAAUCUUCCCAAGAUUAUGGUCUGAUGGGGUUGAGAUAUGGUUCUGGAAAUCUAUCCUUUGGAGUCACACUUAUGCCUUUUGCUGUGAAAGAUGAAUUACCAAAAAGUGCAUGGCUGGUGAGCAAGAUGGGAAGGGUGACUGCUGGGGUGCAGUAUGAACCACAGCAAGGAAAUGCAAAACUUUCAAAUUUGAUGAACUGGAGUUGUGCCAUGGGCUAUGGUGUUGGAUCAGGCAGCCCAUUGUGUCCAUCCUUCAAUUUCAGCCUUGAGCUUGUCAAAAGCUCUGAGUUUAUUGCCUCAUUCUAUCAACAUAUGGUUGUUCAAAGACGGGUGAAAAAUCCCCUCGAAGAGAAUUCCGUUGUUGGAAUUACAAACUACAUUGAUUUUGGGUUCGAGUUACAAACAAGUGUUGAUGAUGCCAUAGGAGGAAACAGUAUAUCAGAUUCCACCUUUCAAAUAGGCGCAUCCUGGCAGGCCAAUAAAAACUUCUUGCUGAAGGCAAAGGUUGGACCUCAGAGCUCAUCAAUGGCAUUUGCAUUCAAGUCAUGGUGGAAACCUUCUUUCACUUUCAGCAUUUCAGCUACUAGAGAUCGUGCUGAUGGUAAAAUGCAAUAUGGAUUUGGCAUCCAAAGUGAGAGUCUCAGGGAAGCCAGUUAUCAAAGAGCUGAUCCCAAUUUUGUAAUGCUCACACCAAGCAAGGAACACUUAGCAGAGGGCAUCGUCUGGCAAACAGGAAAGAGACCUAUGCUACAAUCUGACAUAGAUGCCGGACAUUUUGAUGGCUUACCUAGAGAAUUGCGUCCUUUGGAUAAAAUUUUGUAACUUCAUUUGGUUGUUUUAUUUUUGCUCUUGAGGGCAAUGUCACUAUUCUUUUUUAAGAGUGGCUGAUGAAAAUGCCUUCAUACCAAUUUAAUCUAUAGCAUUGCAUUCAAUUAUUAACUAUAGAAUAUUAAUGAGAGAAGCAUCUUGCAUCUGUUCUAUUUUGAUAUA